GUCACGAGAUUUUUGUGUGACGCAGUGCAAGGUAACAUCAGCUUUUGUUUCUCAGGGUUUGUGUAUAAUUUUUGAUCAAAAUGAAAGGGGUUGUUGCAUUCCUGGCUGUAGCUUGCUUCUACGUAGUCUGCACUCGCGGAAGGCUCCAUGCAUCUUGUAAAAUUGAAUGGUAAGAAAAACUUCAUUGCGUAACCUGUCAGAGUAAUGGCAAUCGAGCACCCAAAAAUUUUAAAAAACUAAGUUAUUUCCAGUUCAUCAUUAGAAACUUGUUAGUAUUCUGUAAUCUUCGUGGCACACUUAAAAUGGGUAAUUUGUGUCUUGUCGGAAUCUUUGGAAGAAAGAAAAAAGGUUUCAUUAACCCUCCUACUCACCCCCCCCUCCCUCCUCCGCCUCCUGUACCAAAUUAAAAGGGGAACAAUCAUUGGGCAUUUUUUUGCAGGCGGGGGGGGGGGGGUAAACCAUGUAAAUAUAAACAUAAAGAGAGAAAAACCAGACCCUACCCAUAAUAAUAAUAAUAAUAGAACUACUAUGACAGAGAUUCAAAAGAUCUGCAUGCUGGGAUCUGCACGAAUCCUCAGAAAGGUGCUCAGUGUAUGAACAGAAUGAUUGACUUGAGUGACUGACGCUCUAGGUGCAUGGUUUGUGCCCAGCUGAUGCACAAACAGAACACCAGCAAAGACUGUGAUAAGUAAUGGUAACAGGACUGAGUGGAGUCCAAUUCGGUCUGUAAUCACACAAGUGAUUAACAAAAUUGGACGACUGCGUAGCGGGAGUCCAAUUUGUUUAAUCACGAGUAUGAUUACAGACUGAAUUGGACGACACGAAGUUCUGUUACCAAUUAAUCAUAACUUUAACAAAAUUUGUGAUAUAUAUAAGGCCCUUUUUUGAAAUCAAAACAGAGGGAGUUCCAAUUUUUUUUUGCUAGUAGUGAAAAAGAGCCAUUUAAGCGCAUGCAUGAUGGUGCGUACUGUCCAAUUACUUAGGCAUGACGCGUACUGUCCUAUUAAAUUGUCCAAUUACGGCUGAAAUCAGGGCAGUUGAUAGCCAUGCAAUCAGAUUUGAGAAUUUUGUUAUGGUUAUGAUUAAAGAGAUAAUAAUAAUAAUAAUAAUAAUAAUAAUAAUAAUAAAGUACAAGAAUGAGGUAUUAAGGAGAAAAUUACCUACCCAUCAGGCAUAUCAAACUAAACAAGCACACUCCAUGGCUAAAGGAGACUGUAGCCUUAUGGCAUUUGGGGCAAACAAUUUUAUAUGUUGUCUUAUGUUGUCCUGGUCAAACACCGACCGUAAUCUUUCAGAAAAGAAAGCCUUUAGUUUGCCUAAGAAGACGCUUAGAGAAGUAAUACACUUAUCAUAUGUUAUGAUAAGGGUUAUGGUAUUCGCAUUUUUAAUAGAUGUCAUCUUGACACUCUGUUGCAGGACAUGGGGGGUUAAUUGCACUACUGUACGGAAUGCCAUUUUGAAGCAAAUAGACAAAUGGAAAUCAGAUGAAAACUGCAAAAAUGGUGGUGAAAAGUGUUUAUACACGGUAAUCUUUAGUUAUCAUUAUUUUCCUUCUCAUAGUGACCAUAGGCUGAGCUUUGUACGUUAAUUCCCAUUUGGAGAAUGUGGCUGAAAUAUUUGCUGUUAUUUGACAUGAUGGAUUUUUGUGCUCUUCGUAGUGUUUUUAACAAACAUGGUUGUACAUGUACUUUGUCCUGUAGUGGGUCUUUCUCCACAGGGGUGGGGGGUACUCCCAUACAGUACCUAUGCGGGUAUGUGCCGCCCAACGGGGUCGUGAUUUUGAAGCUCCUGAUUCAGAAAGGGAUAUCCAUUUCAGAGGCGUUUUCUAGAACUGCAUAUAAAAAAUUGUGGAUCACGGCUUUGUCUUCUGCUUAAAAUGGUUGCUGAUUAUGAAGAAGCAUUAAAUUUGAUGAUUGUAUAAGUCGAACAAAUAAAGAAAUAUCUUUUUUAAAAAGGGCUAUUUCAAUUUACAAACUUUAAAAAAUUUUAAAAAAUUGGCCUAUUUCUAGAACAGGGUAUCACUGUUAAGGCGAAUUCUAGAACAGGGUAUUAAAAAUUGGCCCAUUUCUAGAGCGGGGUAUCAAUUUUAGGGGAAAUUUUUUUCAACAGGGUGCCAAUUUGGAGUCCCAGGCGGCACAUACCCACCCAAAACGUACCCAAGUGCCCCCCAGGGUCUUUCUCCCACAAGGUCAUGAUCAAACUGAAUGGUUGAAGAUUUUAAACAGGAUGGUUUGUGCAAAAUAACGAUAAGCACACAAAAAUACCUCUUGGCUAAAACCCUGGUCAGAGGGGUUUAUUUGAAUGGUCACAGGAUAGGAUUUCGUGAACACUAGCACACUUAAAGGUUAGCAUUAGAUUACACAGCACAAUACACCUAACUUUUGUACAAUGGUUCAAGAUGUAAAAGUACUACUAAGGAGGUUUACUUUUAUUUUGAAAAAUGUUGUUCUCAUCCACAGUCUCAGUAUUACAUUAGUGAAAUCCAAUGGCAAAAAAAUAAUGUAGUACUCUAAAACUGUACUUCAUAUUAUUUAUUCAUGGUUUAAGACUGUUCAACAUUUGCCUUCACCAUGUUGAUCAACUUUGCAGCUUGUUGAAUGAGUAGCUGAGAGAACAAGUUCAGCAAUUUUAAGGGAAGGGAAGGCAGGGUCCGAAAUUAACUUUUUAAUAUGGGCGCCAACUGGUAAGCAAGUAUAAAUUUUUGGGCGCCAGAAGGCAAAUUAUUUUCGCCAAAAAUUUCCCUUGUUGGCUUGGAAACGUUCAACUCGUAUUGAUCAUAGCUGUUGUGGAGGUAUAUUUACAGGAAGAUUCGUUUCACUUUUAAAUUAAAAAAAUAUCAGCAGGACAAAAAGUAAGACACCUGUUGGCAAAGAGCUUCGAGGUUUCAAUUCUCAAUCAUUUUCUCUGAACAUGAAAGUCUACAAUAACAACCAGCUUUACAAGUCGCCAGCUGGCGACCAGCUGUGAAAUUCUGGUCGCCAGAACUGAAUUUUUAGGUCACAUUGGCAACCAGGAAGGCGCAAUUUCGGACCCUGGAAGGAGUUAUAGCCUGGCCGGGAAAACAGCCAACUUUUCACUAUGCCACCUGUGGUUUCCCCAUGAAAUGACAUCUGAGAAACGAGCGUAAAAAUUCCAUACUGUUGACAUGCACAACCCAGAUCCGCAUAGAGCCUCUGAUUGGUUGGAAAUUUGCUUCAUCCAGUCAGAAGCACUUUUCAGAUCUGGGUAUAGUGGCACAGCUGCUGGCAUAGUGAAAUGUCAGCUGUUUUCUCAGGCUAGGAAGGUGCCAAACAUGUAACAUUUUUAAAUUAACUUGCAGCUGAAGGGAGUAACCGCUACUCAGAUUAAAGCUACUCAUGAAACCCCAAAAGCACACUACAUUGAUGACCUCACAUUUACUGUCCAGGCAAAUUCAACUAGUAAACUCUGCAAUAUGCAGGUAAGCCAGACCUCGACAUUAAGUUUAAAAAUAGCUCUCUUUAGAGAGCACAAUGUUCACAGUUUUUGUUAUUUUGGUUUUGCACACUCUUGCAAACCUUAUCGGCAGCUGUAUGACAUGUAAGCAUGACAUGUUUAAAUACCUGUUGUGUCAAAAAAAGGGCAUGAUUUCUUGCAUCUAAGAAAAACAUUUGACUUAUAAGGUGAUGUAUAUUUCUCUGACACAGCAAAAUAAUAAUGUACGUUUCACACUCAUGUGAUAUUGCAUGCCGAACACUAGUGUAGAAGAAAUUGAAGCAUGACUUCUUGCAUUGAGAAUUUAAUUUUUUAUUUUUUUUAUUUUUUAUUAUUAUUUAAUGUUUUUUUGAUGCAACAGGUGACACUUCGCCUUCAUGUUAAAUUAUGAAGUAUACUAAUGGCCGCAAUUACAUGUACAUGAAUGCAAUGCACAUGAUGCAACUGAUCACGUGUGUUAUGGGGAUGUCUUGGAAUUACUGGGAAUUCCUAGGAAUUCCAAGCUUUCUGGGAAUUUAUUUCGCAAGGGUUCUAUCACUUUUAAUCUGGUGUGGUGGGUUGAGAUGAAACUUAUGUAAAGCACAGUGUUGAAACAAAAGCCUUUUGACCUUUGACCUUUGAUCAUUUUUGACCUUUCCCAGGCACUCCCUAACCUUCGGUUAUUACUAGUGUCAUAUGGUGUGCAUGACUGUUUUUUUUUUUUUUUUAACAGGGCUACUCUACUUCUGAACUAUGGUACGCUAUCCUUGAUGAUGGUACAAACUAUUGCAACCUUCACAACUUAAUCACAGGUAUGAAGUGUAACUGUCUCUUCUGAAUUUCUUUUUCAUGGUUUCUGAAAUUUGGUUUAAUUUUGAAAUUUAAGUUAACAUCCACAGACCUUAACCCCCAAUAUGCACAGUUUUAAUGACCAGUUUAGCAGUGUCUAGUGUGCAGAGUUCAUGUUACUGAUACCUCGAAAAGGCAGCAAUGUAAAUUUAGCACAUUAAUUAGUCUUGCAAUCUGCAGGAUUUCAGGGCUUGAAAUAACGGCUGGUCAACGGACAAUGUCCGGUCAAAAUAGGUUUUGUCUGGUCAAAUCCCUAGAUGGCCAGACAUUAUGUCUGCUCUUUUCACUUCUAAUGUAAUUAAGACAUUCACUUUUUUAAAAUAAGAUUGGUCAAGAUUGGACAUUAUUGCUGAUGUUCAUCAAGGAAAAAAAGAGGGGAGAGAGAGAGAGAGAGAGAAAGGCAACAAGAUCAAGAACUUUUAUAACAUAAACCAAACAAAUUGGCCACUUGCUGGUCAGGAUUUGUUUCUCGGUCAUUUUGAUGUCAAGUCCACUGCCAUGCAUACUAGUAAAGUUAGCCAACUGGCUGCCUCAUCCCGAUUGUGGUGAUACAGUAAAGAAGGCAACCUGAUCCCACAAAAUAGUUAAACAGAAAUUUUUAUUUCUUAAUGAACAUAUUUGUUCGAAAGACCAGGGGGAGGGGUGCAUUGAUUCUUUUUGACAGGGAGGCCACACCUUAAGGUCCAACCCUGUACCCUUAUAUAUACUUUGUAUGCUAGCUGGAAGGUACCCCUUUCAUAUACCUUGAGAAGUGGUGCCCCUUCCAAAGACCUAGUUUAGAAUGUUUACACCCAUUUUACAUGUAACUUAUGUAAAACUUGACGGCAGAAGAUGAAGCCAGAAAAAUUAAAUACGAUAACAAGUGGAAAGAAAAGCUGCUGAUCUACAAUUAAGAGUCCUUCUCAUCCCCCCUCACCCCUUCCUCUAUCCACAAGGAGCACUUACAACUUUCCUACCAUUUUGAUAACCCUCCGAAUUCCAGGGUUCACAUGAUCCCUUUCUUAUAAUUAUUAUUAUUAAAAAAAAAAAAAAACUAGAAAUGUGUAGUUCCAGAAAAUAUCCAUGAUACUCCCCCCACAGAACGGAAUGGAAAUUCUUGGGGGUGUGGGGGGUUCUCAAAAGCCCCAAAAUUUAAGUAGUAAUGUAUGAAGCUUGACUGGGGGGGGGGGGGUUCAAAGGAAAAAUCCCUUCCAUGGGGGAGGUAUGGAUAAUUUUUGAAACCACACAAUAAAGAAAAAAAUUAAAAUUAAGAAAAAAUGUUUACUGCAACACUUUUAUAGAUACGUAUACAACCAUAGAUGAACUUCAUUCAUUGGUUCAGUAGUUAUAAGCACAAUACAGUGCUUUUAGUAGUUUUAUCUCUUGUGAGGAUAAUAAAAAAGUGAACUGAUGAUCAAUCUUAAAUAAAUACUGAUCAAACUAAUUAUUAACAAUCUACAGGUGCUGCACUUGACACGUUUCCAGGAUAUAAAGAAGUAACAAGGGACAGUGUUUGUACACAGUACAGUUCAGCUAACUGUGAAAAGUACUAAAAAAGAAGAUAGCGUUGUCAAUAGGGAUUUGUUGUUCAAGAGAAAAAAACAUCAAUAGCCAACUUAAUAGGCAACAGGAUGGGGAAAAAAAGACGGCAAACCUUGUGUGACAAUCGUGAUAUGAUUGUUUGGUAAAAAAAUUUUCAGAAAACAUCACCCUCCUUUUAAAAGAUCUUUUGUAACAGUAGACCAGAAUGCAGUAAUGUUUAAAAGCUAGUGGGCAUGUUACUUGCAUUCAUUCCCCAUCCCAUAUCCCUAUUGAUGGGUAUUUGUUUCAAACUUCCACUUACUCAAAAUUUUUUCAAUUUCCCUAGAAGGUUUGAGUUAUCGGGGGUCGAUUGUACACAUCCUUUAUAUUCUCAAUGGAACUUAUUAGCAUAUUAAUCAAAGACAUUACACACAAAUGACAAAACCACUGCUUCAUUUUGAGCAAAUUUGUCCCCCCAGCAUUAUUGUCAAAAGUUACAGAUGAAAAAAAGAAAAACGAUCAUUUAAAAAAAUGGUAGGCAUGACAGACAAAGAGCAUUAUGGUAUAUUGUUACAUAGUAUUUUCUGUAGUGGUCAAUUAAGACUGUUUUGUUUAAUUUAUAUAAAUUAAAUUAGGUUAAAAAGUUUUCACAUGACACAAAUCAAAGUUAAUAUUGAUGCGGGUAUUUUGAUAUUAAUAUAAUAGCAUAACAGUUAAAAGUAAUUUUUGCAGUUUCAUGCAGUAACUGCUAACAGUCAGCUGCAGGUCAAAUUCAAAGUCAUUUUAAUUUGAUUGUCCUUCUGUAUUAACCAAGUGAUCAUUGUCACACCCAUGCGGAUGGACAGUCAUAUGUAUGGAUGGAUAUACGGACGGACAGACAUACAAACCAUACAGACAGUUUUCUCCAAACCAAAAUUUCUCGGAUGCAUCAGAUAUUCCAAAUUUUCUUACCAUGGUGCUGUGCACACUUCCCUUAAAAAAAUAAUUGGUCACCUGAUCAUGAGAAGUGGAGACUAGUGAUGGUUCUGUGGGUGUUUACUGAAUACAGCUUUCAGUUACUUGAUUAAAUUUUGAAAAGGCACAUGAAAAUGAAAACAUUUAAAAGUAAAGUUUACAAAGCAACAACAUAAGUUAACAACAAGUUAAACAAUUAACCUAUUUCAGGUGUUCAGAUAGUGAAUUUGGCAGCAAAUGCAAAGAGAUCGACAGGAAUGCACAUCUGUGGGAUAUGUUUGUCUUCCAACCCCCAGCGGGGGGGGGGGAGGGGGGUGGGACUCCGCAUAUGAAAGGGGUGGGGAUGGUCGUCGGAAAUUUUGAAUUAAACCCUUAAAGGAGACCAAUCUGAGCGUGGCCCAAGCUCUAUUUGACCCCUAAAAUAGACCAUGUUAAGACACAGACAAUAUAUAUAUUUUUAUAUUUUUUCGAGUGCAACCGUAAACGAGACCUUCACGGCUAAAUAUGAGGGCGUUUUGCCCAGAACACCCUAAGUGAGACCAAAAUCCGAAAUUAACACCCCUAAGCGAGACGACGAUCAUCCCCACCCCAUUCAUAUGCGGAGUUGCCCCCCCCGGCCCCCCAGCCCAUCGCGGGUGUUUCCUUAUGUAUUUAACCACUUUGAAAUAGCCUGUGAUUGCCUGAAAUAAGCUACCACUAAAUAAGAAAAGUGGAAACCAAUUUUUUGCAAGGUUAAAUACAACACAAUUAAGAAAUCACAACCACUUUUCUAUGAGUUUUGUUGCAUUUGUCAGGAAUACAGUCAACCCUGUAUUAAGCGGUCACCCUUUGGGAAGGGCUUGCUGACUGCUUUAAUAGAGGUUGACCAUUUAAUACAGGUUUGAUAAACGGGAGAUUUAUUCAGGAAAAUGAAGGUAGUCAAAGAGCAAAAUAUCUAUCCUACAACAAAUUGACCUCCACCUGUUUCUACCUCUUAUUGGGCAGGGCCAAAAAAAAAAGGUUAAAGACCACUUGAUGCCAUACACAGUGCAACCUGUAGCACUGGUAUGGUGCGUUUGAUACAUGUGGCCGCUUGAUACAGGUCAGUUUUACAGUAAUUAAGGCAAAUGAUUUCCAGGACUUUAAUAAGUGACCGCGCCUAAUAGAGGUCCGCUUAAAACAGGUGUGACUGUAUAUGGCAAAUAUUUAGCAUGGUCUUUGUUGUAAGAGGAGCAGUGUUAUUUAGUUUUACAACUAUGAAAGGAAAAAUGGAUUAAUUAACAGCUCACUUCAAAUACUAUUUUUAUGUCUAUUAAUUUGUAGUCUUAUGCACGUCCUCUGCGAUGAAGAUUGCUUGAUGUGCCAAAAAAAUGCCAGAGGGGUUAAUCAAUAAAGUAUUACUUGUAUUUUUCAUUUUGAAGAAGCCUUGUUGUACUUGUAGUUUUACUAUGAUAGAAGUCGAAUCUGGAACAGAAAUUGAGGAAACACUUCAAUAAAAGAAAAAGACUUCUGAUAUUCAGCUGCAUACUUUUCAACAUUCUCAACAUUUAUAUUUGGACUCUUUUCUUUUUCUCUUACUACGAAAUUUAAAUGACUUGCACAGAGCCGCAGCUGCUUGUUUAGAUUUUAACAGAAGUUUAUUACUUGCAUUUUUCUUUGAAAUACAGAGAUAUUAUUUUUUGGCAAAAAAUAAAAGAGUAAUCUGGUG